AUGGCUACACCAAGACAAUUAAUCUUUAUAGAUAAUAUUGCUAAGAACCAUGUCAAAUAUUACGAUCCAACCUUUUCGUCGUAUUUGAAGCUUCGACAAGAUCUAUUCAAGUUAUAUACAUCGAUAGCGAAACAAAUUGAAGGUACAGAGGAUGAAUCAGCUAAAUCAAAUGUAUCGCAUAUGACACGAUUCAGGAUACAUCAAUUAGAAGUUGAAUUGCAUAAAGUAGAGCUAACAUACAAGACCCAUAUUGAUGAACUUCUUAAUCUUCUUCGAAUUGAGAAAAAUAUGAAGCCAGAUAUAGUAACUGGUAUUAAGCAAGAGUUGGAACAGAUAAUAGCUCAGAAUGAAGAACUUCAGAAAAAGAUAUCAAAGAUCAAGACAGUUGAGAAACCACUCUUGGAUAGAAUAACAAAGCUAGUGGGCAGUUUUAAUGACAAUAUUGAAAAAUCCACAGCUAGAUUGAUACAUUCUACACUCCUAAAGUCAUUAGAUGGAGAAAGAAGUGAAGAAAAAAAGGAAAAGGAUUCGUUACAAAUAGACUAUCGAUCUUUGGUGUUUAGUAAAGAUGAUUUACGUCAACAAAUCAGACAUGUAUUGAACGAUGCAGGUGAGCAUGGCCAUAUUGACGAAUUUUUGAGAAACAACAAGAUAUUUGAUGAAUACGACGAGUCCAAGGUGUUUUACAAACUAUUCAGAUCUACAUUGUUCGAUAUAUCAAAUACCAAGACAUUGGACGAAUACGAUGAUAUGAUAGCCAAGACAGUAGAGCAGAUCCAAACAUUGAAGAAUGAAGGUGAAUCUACUAAACAGAGCUGGAGCAAGAAUGCAGAAAAGAUGCUAAAAAUAAAAGCAAUUGUGAAUGAAGGUAACGAAGAAGACAUUGAAAUGGCCGAAGAUUAA